AUGCUCACAUACGACUGGACUGACCUUAAGAUGCCCUUACAAAUAGAAGAAAAAUGUUUCCUUAAUGUUGGUGAGGAGAAGGUAUCAUUUCCCGUUUCCUGUUCCCCCGUUACCUAUCUCAUUAAUGGAUUCAACCCAGGCUUGAACACGGACUCGGUCUAUCACCUCAACGACAAACAUUCAAUCUCGUUGAGAGCGAAGUUUCGAAACGGUCGAUUUUCUGCAGACGAUCACACUUAUCCAUUUAUGUAUUCGGGUCAGCUUAUCCCCACUAGUAUCCGCUUAGAUUUGAGUUUUCUGGGUCACGAUGGCUUUGAAAGCACCUCCGACAACAUUUUCAUCAUCACAAAGGUACGGGUCGAGCUACAAGAAUUCAGUAUCGUACCAAGUUUAGACUCUGUUAUAAGUGACGUUCGCUCCGUUGUUCUCUUAGAGAAAAAGGCGUACAGGGCAAUGUGUCUAUCAACACAACCAUCUGUCAUCCUUGGUGAAGUUUGGGACUGUAACUUACCAGAUCUUGGCCCGACAUUUUACACUCAUGAUUUCAUCAGAAGCUACGCCUUGAAGGUUUCUUUGACAAUAGCACAUAAGGAGUUUCCGGACACGACCGUUUCUGCAUUCAUUGAGUUCAACAUUGCAUCGAGAGUGGAGGAAUCUAUAAAAGAAAUGGACAAGCCUUUUGCGCCUCAAAGUUUCCCUGGAUGUAUUGUUAAACAAGGGACCUUCGAUCUUUUCCUUGAAGACUCGUCAGCUCUCAGUUUGGCUCACGCCGAGAGACCCCGAAAAACUUCGCAAGAUAGCUUCCAGCGAUACAUCAUUCUGUACGAAAGCAAAGAAGAUGUGACUUGCAAUGUCUAUGCGAAAGAGAGCAAGGGCUCCUUUGAUGAUGUCUCAUACCUCUCUGGGAAGAAAACCCCGAAGGGCCUCGAUAAGACCUGCAAUGUAUUGGAAAAAGAGAUUACCUACAGCCUGGAUGAAGAGACAAGCCCUCAUCUUAGUAUGUUCAAACGAGUAGCUUCAAAGAUUCGGAACUGUUUAGCUCGUCAGAAACCUCUGACGAGUUCGUCGAAAUGCUUUGACAGAGCUUCUUCGAGAAGCUCUCCGAUUUUGUACUCAGCUUCAGGUGAUGUGGAGUCAGAAGCCUCAAUAUCACAGUGUAUUGUUCCUGCUGAACGGGUUGAAAAAGAGACCUCUUUGCGGCCGAUCUCAGAUCUCCGCAAACUGUACCCAAUACAAACGUUUUGUGUGGGUGUCGAGAAAGUGCCUCUACUAAUUGAUGUUACAAUCAAUUACAAUAAAUACAUUUCACCUUCACCUUUGGACAAAAUUGGCUCCGUUGUUAAAGUGAGGCCGGGUACAAAGCUUGCUAGGAUCCUUCAAAUCCGCGCCAUGGUUGCCAGAAGCUCCUAUUAUAGGAUCCAAGAAAGUGUCCAGGCUGAAGUUCAAUUUGAGAGCCUCGAAGUAGUUUUCGAAGAGACAAAUUACAGAAAUAUGGAGCAAACAACCAAAGAGACGCUUUUGCUUGAUUCUAAAUGCCUCCCAGUCGUUGCCUUGAGUUGCUUUGAUGAAAACCUCUUUUAUGCUCCCGCCAAUGCUUUUAAGUUCCCGCAACAUCUAUUUGGAAACAGCGAGAUCCCUCUUGAUGUUCAACCCACUCGUGUCACUCCAGAGCAUGCACGAGUGUAUAGAUUACGAGGCCGUUUGCUGUUCUCGUCACAAGGCUGUACACACACAGCGUACUGGCACGAAAACAUAUAUAUCGCCCCUCCCGACCAUGACCCAAAGGUUAUCAACCUAUGA